AUAAGAAUACGGGUGUGGAUUUGGAUCAAUUGGCCGUUGUAACGCGUGGGUAUGUGGGCGCUGAUAUCGCCGCGCUAUGUCGAGAGGCUGCCUUCAGCGCACUACGGAAGCAGGCCAUAGCGGCCAAUGAAGAGAUCGGAAUAGCCGCAGGUGCCGCUGUCGUCCAAUCGGAUGACUUCGAUAUCGCGCUCUCUCGGGUGAGCCCGUCGACUGCGCGCGAGAGUGUGAUUGUGGGACUGGAAACCAAGAGUUGGGACAGUAUAGGGGGGGUGGAUGAUAUUAAGCACAGAAUGAAGGUAUUGUAUG